AUGGCAUCGAUCAAUGUGGCUGAAUUUCGUCAACGAGGUUCCGAAAUGGUCCAAUAUGUGGCCAACUACUUAGAGCAUAUUGGUCAACGCAACGUGUUCCCUCAAAUCUCACCGGGCUAUUUGGCUCCGAUGAUCCCAAAAGAGGCGCCGGAAUAUCCGGAAUCGUGGGAGGAUAUCAUCAGUGAUGUGGAACGUGUCGUGAUGCCUGGGAUGACCCACUGGCAGCAUCCGCGCUUUCAUGCCUACUUCCCCUCGGGUACUUCCGGACCAUCUAUGUGUGCUGAUAUCCUGGCCAAUGGUCUGGGAUGUAUUGGAUUCACCUGGGCCCACAGUUCCGUUGAACGUGCCGGGCUGAUUAGCAUGUUACAACUACGUCAGAUCCGGUCCAAUGACAAACACGAAAUGACCGGAGAAGAUCUGGAACGAGCGAUUAACAAAGACCUGGCAAAAGGUUUGAUGCCUUUCUUUUGCACUGCCACAUUGGGGACCACAGGAUGUUGCUCAUUCGAUCGAUUGGAAGAAGUGGGCAAAGUUUGUCAAAAGUAUGGUAUUUGGUUACAUGUGGAUGCGGCGUAUGCUGGCUCCGCGUUCAUCUGCCCCGAAUAUCGACCCUGGCUGAACGGGAUUGAGUAUGCCAUGUCAUUUGUGUUCAAUGCGCAUAAAUGGCUCCUGGUCAAUUUCGAUUGCUCUUGUGUUUGGUUCAAGGAGGUGGAUUGGGUUAUCAAGUCGUUCAACGUGGAUCCCACCUAUUUGAAGCAUAAACAUCAGGGUGUGGUCCCGGAUUUUCGUCAUUGGCACAUCCCACUUGGACGGAAAUUUCGUUCCCUCAAAUUGUGGUUCAUUCUUAGACGGUUCGGUGUUGAAUCGCUACGCAACUAUAUUCGCAAUCAUAUCAAUUUGGCACACCAGUUCGAAUCGUGGAUGCGUGCGGAUGGUCGUUUCGAAAUUGUGCAUGAGGUCCGGUUGGCUGUGGUGUGUUUUCGACUGAUGAGUAUUAUCAAUUUCAGGAGUAUUGCCUCUCGCAAAUGUGUGAGACCUGACCUAAUUGCAGAACGUAUGUGA